AUGGCGGAGAAGCUCAAUCAAGGAGUCAAGUACUUCCGCGAGCACCAAGAAGAGUCGGUCGAGCAUAUCACUGGCACCAUGGAGUACUCGCAGGAGGACGCCAACGCAUGGCUCAAGACAGUCAAGUUCGCAGACAACGUCCGAGGAGUAGAGUCGAGUGUGGUAGAGCACACAAUCAGCAUCCUGAANAAGGGUGGUGUUCUAGACGACAACAAUGGCGGAGUAGAUGGCAUGGUUGCCAUCAGCCGCUCGCAGAAGGGUCAAUAG